AUGAACUAUGAGGUUCGAAUUGAACAUCUUGAUCAAGGCUCCACCACUCUAAUUAUGCGGGGCCUGAACCGGCAGAUCACCAACUCCUUGAUGCUGCCCCUGUUGGACGAGUUGCCUCCACGGUUGCAUCAGAGAGCCUAUGACUUUGUGUACGUACCGUGGGCGACCAACGGCGCCUCCAAUAUAGGGCUUGCGUUCGUCAACUUUGAGACGCAUGACUACUGCAGGGCAUUUCUGCAGUCGUUGCGGUUGCCUGUACAUCAGAAGAAGCUAGUGGAGUACGGUGUUCGUUCCGUUGGCCAAGCCUUCGUCCAGGGCCGAGGGGCGAAUUUGUGCGCCAUCCUGGCGAAGCGCGGCCGCGCUGGUUUUGCCGAUCACGACGCGCCGUUGGUGUACAGUGGAGGACAAGAGGUACCUUUGCACUUUGUCCUAGAGAACGAGGGCAUGCAUCAAUGGCAGCGUGAGGCAGAAGUGGCGCAACCGUCAGCUGCUGCCAAGGGCAUACCGUCCAGAGCGCAUGCAGCGCAGACGUACGGAGCUUCUUGUUUUCAAGGUCAGCCGCAGCAACAGGCCCAGGCGCAGAUGUGCCAGCAGAUGUGCCCACAGAUGCGCCAGGGGCCGCUCCCACCGAUGCGUGGGGCACCGUGUCAGGCGCCGAUGAUGCCGGCGGUGUGCCAGGCCCAGAUGCAACAAGUGCAGCCGCCGCAGGCCUACAGCCUCGCAGAUGCCAAUUGGAACAUGGCCUACCCCCACCAGGCCGCCUCGUUGCCGAGUUUCGCACAGAGGACCACCUGGCACCUCUAA